GUGAGACGACCACGAACCCCGACCCUUACGACUGCUCCAAGGACGUCAGCAACUGGGAGGAAAGUUGGUCUACCUUGAAGCAGCAGUUCUGCUGCAAGCACUACAGCCGGGGCUGCAUGGUCACUACGAGUCUGCCGUACGACUGCUUCGCUGGCUUUGAACAUGCUCACCUUGGCUGGUCCAAGCCCAAGAAGGACUGGUGCUGCGAGAACUACGAGCGCGGCUGCGAGGUCGUAACAACGACGACCGAGGUGCCUUAUGACUGCUACGCCGGAGUCGCCAAUCUAGAGAAGGGCUGGUCGGAAGGGAAGAAGCGCUGGUGUUGCGACCGCUUCGGCAAAGGCUGCCCAGAG